AUGCAUUGCAAUCAGUGGCCACAACAGGAGCAUCAAAGCUCGGAAAAGGAGGAUGAUCGGGCGUUCAACUGUAACGGCAUUAAGCCUUCGACGACCUCAUCAUCAACAACCUACAGCACCAAGACAACAACCAACUCAACCACUACCAUGGAACCUUCCACCAGCAUCGAGCUAGAAUCCCAAACCCUCGCUCCACAAGCACCCACCACCACCUCAUCUUCACCAAACCCAACCCCCGAUCCAACACAACAAAUGUCGCUACUCCAUCGCUUCCGCAAUUUCAGACCGAGCCCCAGCAAUAUCAAGGACGCCGUCAUCGGAGUCUCCGAUGGCAUUGUUGUACCAUUCGCCGUCGCUGCAGGUCUCACCGAUUACGGGAAUGCGAAGGUGGUUGUGUCUGGUGGACUGGCGGAGCUGUUCGCGGGGGCAAUCUCAAUGGGUCUGGGAGGGUUAUUGGGCUCGAAGAGCGAUUCCCUAGAAUACGACUGCAAGCGCCGCGAGAUCGAAACCAUGAUCCUCAACGAUCCCGCCGAGACCACCGCCCUCGUCAAGGGGAUCUGGUCUCCCUACCACAGCCCCGCCCUCACCGCAGCCCUCCACACCGAAUUCUGCGCUCUCCCCCUCGCGCAGCGAACGACCUACCUGCUCGAGCACCACCACCACCUCUCGCCCCCCUCAACCUCCUCCCCCUGGAUCAGCUGCAUCACGCUCGCCUCCGGCUACUUCGUCGGCGGCUUCAUCCCCCUCAUCCCUUACCUCUGCGUGAAGCGGAAGCAGGUGUUCCUGGCGUUCUUUUGCAGCAUUGCUGUAGUCGUGGUGUGUCUUUUCGCCUUCGGCUGGGUGAAGACGGGGUCGGUUAUCGGGUGGAAGGGACGGAGGGAGGUGCGGAUGGGAGUUUUGGGCGCGGUGCAGAUGGUCGGGUUGGGAGUGUUUGCGGCGGCGGCGGCGGUGGGGAUCGUCAAGGGCAUCAAUCGGGGGGAGAAGGGGGUUUGA